UUGUUAUUUUGAAUCUUUCUUUUUUCAUAGUUUAUUGUUUUUGUAGUGUAUUUGCCCUUGUCUUCUUUCUUUCAAUGAAUGCGUUAUCUGGAUGUCUUUACGAAUGUCUGCCGACAGUAGGCAUAGUGAAGAUGUGAUAUUUUUGUAGUGGGGCAAUUGAAACAAUUUCCACCCAAUGGAGACCCUCAAGAGUCCCAAGAACAAAAGAGGUGGCUUCAACACGAAUCUCUCACUCUUGGAAAAUGGCGACAUCCCAUUGGCCAAUUGGCAGCCAACUUUGUUGGUUUCAGGUCCCCAUUUGCACACUUCAUCAUCCAAUCGCUCGAUCCGAGAAACUAUUCAUUUCUGCUAUAAAGCAGGCUGCAGCUCCUUCCUACUAAACCGCAUAUCCUCAGUCUCUUCAUUCACAUCCUAUCGGCUCUGUCGGAUCUACGGCUACAUGCAACUCAGUCUGUAUGAAAAUAUGUGUCAGGCAAGCAGGGCGAGCGGGACGAACAGCAGUUCAGUAAAUCGCCAGCUAUCAUUAGAACCUGCUAAAAGACCAGGACGAUCUUAUAUAUAUUCACACAUGCGUCAAGUUGACUGCCGCAAUUGCAUCCUCAAGAUGCGCCAGCCCGUACUUUUAUCCGUCUAAUUUUCUUUGGCGCGGGGUUGGGUUCGAAAACAAGAAGACGUUGCGGCUGAACUUGCAAUGUACGGCUCGACUUUUUCUUUUCUUUUC